GAGUCGCCUAUGUGAACUCUCCCUCGUAGAACUUGAAGCCCUUCAAAGGUCUUACAUUAUCCUGGACGAACUAAUAAUUUUUUUCUCUCAUCAGUGAGUCGACAUGGAAAUGCAGAACGAAUUUGAUCGUCUCCUUUUCUUCGAGCACGCUCGCAAAGCAGCCGAGUCCACCUAUGCUAAGAAUCCUCUCGAUGCAGAUAACCUGAUGAGAUGGGGAGGGGCGUUGCUCGAGUUGGCACAGUUCCAGAGUGUUCCCGAUUCAAAGAAAAUGAUUUUGGAUGCGAUAUCGAAGUUGAAGGAGGCACUGUUGGUUAAUCCAAAAAAGCAUGAUGUAAUUUGGUGCUUGGGGAAUGCACAUACUUCUUAUGCGUUUCUGACUCCUGAUCAAGAUGAGGCUAAGGGUUAUUUUGACAAGGCAUCUCAGUUCUUUCAGCAAGCUGUUGAUGAGGAUCCAGGGAAUGACAUUUACUGCAAAUCUUUAGAAUUGACUGCUAAGGCUCCUGAAUUACACUCAGAGAUCCAUAAGCAAGGUUUCGCUCAACAGGCUAUGGGAGCUGGCCCUUCUACUUCUUCAAGUGCAAAGAGUUCAAAAAAGAAGAAGAGCAGUGAUCUUAAGUACGACAUAUUUGGUUGGAUAAUCCUUGCAGUUGGCAUCGUUGCAUGGGUGGGUUUUGCUAAAUCUCAGUCUCCACCUCCUCCAAGAUAAGCCAGGCAUUUGUCCAGAAGUCAUUUUGUGGGUGAAGACAUCUGUCAGAGGCUUUUGUUCAAGUGUGGUUGGGAUCGAGACUUACACCCAGCCAUUUGCUAGCUAAUUUUGAACUGGAGUAUGGCUUUUCAUCGGUCCAAUCUGAUUACCUAGUAAUAGUUUUUUUUUUCAAUUAUAUUUUUCCUUAGAAAAUUCCAAUUGGGGAAGCUUUUGGUUGGAUAUGAUGCAUAUUUAUUCCUCUAUAGUAGAGUCUGUGUAAGAAGCUUUUCAGUAUGUGGUUCAUGUUGUAUUCCUCUCACUCUCACCUGAUAUUUUAUUAAGAUAUCGUUCUAUGUAUGUUCUGUGGUUUGAGGUUCUGUUGCAGCUUUGAGUCUUUCUUUUUACGUGUGACCAUCUUGGCAAAAGAUUGUGAUCAAGGAUAGGAGCCAGGUGCCAGAGCCU